CACCAUUCUACUAGCUCUUAUUCAUUUUAUGUCAUGCUUUUGGUAAAUAUAGUUAGAGAUUGUGAUAAGCUCUUAUUCAGAAAGCUUCCUUGUGUCUUUUAGGAACAAGUUCUCAUCAUUCUGUUAAGGAGGCGAGAGCUAGCCCUAGUCCAGCGACGAACGGACGAAGGACGAAGACGACCGAGCCACUUCUAACUCCGGCGAACCUCCAUCUCCGGCGACCCCACUCCGGCAAACCUACAUCUUCAUCUUCAACACUCUUUACUCCUUAUUCUAGAAUAUGGAUUUCUCAAGCUUCCCACUCGUGUGUCAUUGGGGAGGGAACUAUUAUGAGAAUGGUGGGCAAAUAUGCCAUGAAGGUGGCAGAACGAGCUUUGUCAUGGUUUCUCGUGGCGCUUGCAUGCUCGAGAUCCUUCAAAAAAUACAUGCAGUCACAAUGAUUCAUCCCGACCGUUCAUUGCGGUUGAAAAUGAAAUUUCCCAUGAACGGGGGAAAGUACAUGCUUAUGCCGCUCAUUGAUGAGCUAGCUAUAACAAAUAUGUGGGGCAUAAUUCAGAUGGAGGAUAUGUCAACGCUGGAGAUAUACAUUGAGGAAUCCUGUGACACUUAUGGUACUCAAUCAACAUCACAUGCUGUUGUAUCCAGGCAUGAUGUCAUUGCAGGGGUGAAUGCACGGAAGUCGUCAAAGGUUCCUGUACUAGACAUGGUUAUACAGGAGGAUGGCAGGUAUUUGCACAACGGUGCAUCAUUUGUGGAUGGGCAGGGAAGUGAUGAUGAUGCAGACGAGAACAUCAAUGGUGACGACAUGACAGAAUCUGAUGAAGAUGAUGGUGAUACUGUGACAUCAACUGCCCCGUCUAGCCACUUCACAAGAAUGUAUGAUCUCCCUGAAGGUUUUACUGAUGCGUGGAUGAGUGGAUUAGGUGAGAAAAGGUUUACCCCCGAUGGUGAGUUUGAGGUGGACAUGUAUGGACAGACUCUGACAGGCAUUGCCUCGUUAUGCUCAGAUGUGUUGGGUCGAGUAGACUACGGACAUCUUAUACACAUGCCCGCAUCUCAGGAGAUGGCAUCCACGUCUAGUGCAGCCGCGGCUUCAUCAUCCCAGACGCAACAUGAGAGAGUGGUUCUUCAACCACGACAACGCCGUAGGCGUAGACAUGAGCAGCAACAUCUCCAUGACGAAGCUGAUGAUGGGAACUUGUAGUUUGUCUUUUGUAUUGUUGUUUUUCUUAUGCAGUAGAUGUUGUAGGAACAAUUUACAAGUUUUGAUGUAUUUUCUCUUGUUAAGUAUUCUAUGUUGUAUUGAUGUGUUCGAGUAUGAAUAUUAGAUGAUUAUUUGUUAUGGCAUAUAUGAUGAUUGAACUGUGUUA